AUGUUGGAGACAGCAGAGCCACAAGGUGGAAGGAUCUUGGUCCCUGAAUCAUCACUUGGAGGACAGACACCACCAAUUGGAAACACCUAUAUGGAAGAGAAGAGGCGAAAGUACUCCAUCAGCAGCGACAACUCUGACACCACCGACAGUCAUGUUACAUCUGCAUCAAGAUGCUCCAAACUGCCCAGCAGCACCAAAUCGGGCUGGCCCCGGCAGAACGAAAAGAAACCCUCCGAGGUUUUCCGGACAGACUUGAUCACAGCCAUGAAGAUCCCAGACUCGUACCAGCUCAGCCCGGAUGACUACUACGUCUUGGCAGACCCAUGGCGGCAAGAAUGGGAGAAGGGUGUGCAGGUGCCCGCCGGGGCAGAGGCCAUUCCCGAGCCCGUGGUGAGGAUUCUUCCACCGUUGGAAGGCCCCCCUACCCAGGUGUCCCCUAGUGGCUCUGAACUUGGUGAGGGCUCCCAGCCUGAUUGGCCAGGGGGCAGCCGCUAUGACUUGGACGAGAUUGAUGCCUACUGGCUGGAACUCAUCAACUCAGAGCUCAAGGAGAUGGAGAAGCCAGAGCUGGACGAACUGACGCUCGAGCGUGUGCUGGAGGAGCUGGAGACGCUGUGCCACCAGAACAUGGCGCGGGCCAUCGAGACACAGGAGGGGCUGGGCAUCGAGUACGAUGAGGAUGUCGUCUGUGACGUGUGCCGCUCUCCCGAGGGCGAAGAUGGCAACGAGAUGGUCUUCUGCGACAAAUGCAACGUCUGCGUGCACCAGGCAUGCUAUGGGAUCCUCAAGGUGCCCACGGGCAGCUGGCUGUGCCGGACAUGUGCUCUGGGUGUCCAGCCGAAGUGCCUGCUCUGCCCGAAGCGAGGAGGAGCCUUGAAGCCCACUAGAAGUGGGACCAAGUGGGUGCACGUCAGCUGUGCCCUGUGGAUUCCUGAGGUCAGCAUUGGCUGCCCCGAGAAGAUGGAGCCCAUCACCAAGAUCUCGCAUAUCCCAGCCAGCCGCUGGGCCCUGUCCUGCAGCCUCUGCAAGGAGUGCACGGGCACCUGCAUCCAGUGUUCCAUGCCUUCCUGCGUCACAGCAUUCCAUGUCACAUGCGCCUUUGACCACAGCCUGGAAAUGAGGACUAUCUUAGCAGACAACGAUGAGGUCAAGUUCAAGUCGUUCUGCCAGGAGCACAGUGAUGGGGGCCCACGGGGUGAAGCUCCGUCCGAGCCUGUGGAGCCUAGCCCAGCUAGCGAGGACCUGGAAAAGGUGACUCUUCGGAAGCAGCGGCUGCAACAGCUGGAGGAAGACUUCUAUGAGCUGGUAGAGCCAGCCGAGGUGGCCGAGCGCCUUGACCUGGCCGAGGCACUAGUCGACUUCAUCUACCAGUACUGGAAGCUGAAGAGGAAAGCCAACUCCAACCAGCCGCUGCUGACGCCCAAGACGGACGAGGUGGACAACCUGGCUCAGCAGGAGCAGGACGUCCUCUACCGCCGUCUGAAGCUCUUCACGCACCUGCGGCAGGACCUGGAGAGAGUUAGAAAUCUGUGCUACAUGGUGACAAGGCGCGAGAGAACGAAACAUGCCAUCUGCAAGCUCCAGGAGCAGAUAUUCCACCUGCAGAUGAAACUUAUCGAACAGGAUCUGUGUCGAGAGCGGUCUGGGAGGAAAACAAAGGGCAAGAAGAGCGACUCAAAAAGAAAAGGCCACGAGGGCCCCAAGGGCAGCCCUGAGAAGAAAGAGAAAGUGAAGGCAGGGUCUGACUCAGUCUUGGGGCAGCUUGGCCUGUCUACCUCGUUCCCCAUCGACGGCACCUUCUUCAACAGUUGGCUGGCACAGUCAGUGCAGAUCACCGCAGAGAACAUGGCCAUGAGUGAGUGGUCGCUCAACAACGGGCACCGCGAAGACCCCGCCCCGGGGUUGCUGUCCGAGGAGCUGCUGCAGGACGAGGAGACACUGCUGAGCUUCAUGCGGGACCCCUCGCUGCGACCUGGCGACCCUGCCAGGAAGGCCCGCGGCCGCACCCGCCUGCCUGCUAAGAAGAAACCACCACAGGAUGGGCCCGGUUCACGGACGACCCCAGACAAAACCCCCAAGAAGCCCUGGGGCCAGGAUACUGGCAGCAGCAAAGGGGGUCAGGGACCACCUGCCAGGAAGCCACCACGGCGAACACCUUCUCACCUGCCGUCCAGCCCUACAGCUGGGGACUGUCCCAUCCCAGCAGCUCCCGAGAGCCCCCCACCACUGGCCCCCGAGACCCCGGAGGAGGCAGCCCCGAUGGCUGCCGACUCUAAUGUCCAAGUGCCUGGCCCUACAGCGAGUCCCAAGCCCUCAGGCCGGCUCCGGCUGCCCCGUGAGAGCAAGGGAAACCGGAGAUCGCCAGGUGCCAGGCCUGAUGCGGGGACAGGACCGCCUUCUGCUGUGGCCGAGAGGCCAAAGGUCAGCCUACACUUUGACACUGAGACUGAUGGCUACUUCUCUGAUGGGGAGAUGAGCGACUCAGAUGUGGAGGCUGAGGACAGCGGGGUGCAGCGAGGUCCCCGGGAAGCAGGGGCUGAGGAGGUGGUCCGCAUGGGGGUACUGGCCUCCUAA